AUGGUCAAUGCAUCAAGACAACUCGGCGAAUUGGUUCACCCUAAACCAGUUGAUUCGAGUCACUCUAUCUACUACACUACAAACCAGUGCCUAUCAUCGGACGCAUCUUUCUGUAGAACAUCAAUUGCCGCCGGUAUUGAUGCCGACGACUGCCGUCCACAGUCACAAAAGACUGAGAAAACAACGUUGAAGCAAACUCACGAGGUCGGAAAACAGAGGUACAGCAGAAGAGACAUGGCGCCGACUACGGGGGCUAGUCCAAAGUGGAUCAUGAUCGUGGCCCUUGUUCGGUCAAGCUCAAGCACAAGCAAUCAAUAA